CGAGAACCUUGUCGUUUUUUCAGCAGUCCAGGUGGUUGCAGAAGAGGCCUGGCCUGCAGAUAUGCACACGACAGAGCUAGCGCUUCCCGAGGCCCUGACCGUUCGUCCUCUUUAGGAGGGGCGCAGCAGAAUUCAGGAAGCGCAAGUGCUCCGCCUGGCGUCUGUCGCGCUUUCUGGGCAGACGGCGAGUGUAGGCACGGCUUUCAAUGCCGCUAUAAGCACAUUCCAUCUCCACAGCAUGUUCAUCCUCUAACGGGAGGAUCUGCGCAAGGCGCGGUGCCGUCUGCGAUCGAGACUCUGGCGCCAUUGUUGACCGAAGGAGGCCUAGCUAGGCUGACGGAGCGCAGUACUGAUGGUUUCUUCGCUACAGAUCCUUCUAAGCAGUUAACACCAUCUGAAUUGCAUAACUACCUCAAAAGAUAUCUAUUCGACGACUACCGUUUUCGCCAUGUCUUGGACAUUUACAGCUUCUUGAAUCUCAUAGGCAAUGCAUCUGCGAACAAUGCAAAAUGGUCACCGGAAGAUGGACAGUUGCUCCUAGCAACGCUGAGUACAGGAAAUGGUCUCCGGCGCCUCAACGACAUCCUUUCAUGGGACGAUGUCUCAAUCCGGGCAGGCAGCCAGAGAACUACCCUUUCCUUUCAGCGAGGUUACGUCCCCUUGCUACGGUACUUCUCAUCUGAAUCUGUGGCAACAAGCAUCGCCAGUCAUGCAGCCAAUGCGCUGUACGCACUCAUCUUGGAACACUGCUCGCUUUUCGUACAGGUCCUCCAGUCUUGCAUGGAGGAAGCCAUCGCUGAGAGAAGAUCCUUCAAGGACCCUCACGCCCUCCCCACGAGUGGUAAAGAUCCUCUUGCGAGCCAGGUAAUCGCGUCCUUGGCGAAAGUCCUGUUCGAGUUGGUUACUCGUUUCAAGAACGUUUUGGUCGAACACCCUGCACUUCGUCAACUCGUACUGAGCCUGCGUCAGUGGACCAGUUCUUGGGCCGCUGGUGUUUCAUCUGCACCCCCUACGUUCGAUGACCCACUCACCACAGCGUCCUCUCAAGCCCGAGAUCAUAUCGUGCAGCACUUGAGCGGCCAAGUCGAUCGGCUCGUGGCAAUUGUCGAGCGCAAGACGGGCGAAGUAGAGCGCAUCCAACAGCGAAUGCAACAGCUGUCUCUGGCCGCCGGAUCACCCGGAACUGUGAGCGAAGGCGUCCUGGCGGCCCUCGAGAAUGCAUACGAGGGACCUGGGAAUUUUCGUCCAGAGGGUCGGCGUCAUGACAACGACUUUGCUGACGUCUCUGACAUCCGCAUCGCACCAACGCACGACGAACUCACUUGCAGAAUUCCGCCCUUCAUGCCUGCCAACCUCUAUGGUGCACCACAUCCGUUACCAUCCGAUAGCAUGGGGCGGCUACUAGACAUCCAAUUCAGGCUGCUGCGUGAGGAGCUCAUGGCUCCGCUUCGCAUGUCAAUACAGCUCGUACUCGACGACCUCGCCUCCAACGCGCACGAUACACGUCUCGCGGACCUCAUCAGACGGCGCGGUGGCAAAUACCGCGGCCACAUCGCUGGCCAAGAAGCCGUGCUAUUCAACAUCUAUACCAACGUCUCCUUCGCAUCAAUCACACCGGACCAUCGUGGCCUCUCCAUCGGGCUCGGCUUGGACAGUCCUCCGGGUCGCGCACGUAACGCUCAGACCAGUGCGCGCGUGGCCUUCUGGGAGAACAUGGCAAGCAAACGACUCCUCCAAGGCGGUCUUGUCGCCUUGAUUUGGAAGCAUCGGAACGGCGAGAUCGCCGUCCAUCUUGGUACAAUCUCCAGCCCGACGCGCGAACUCAUCCAGUCGGCGUCGCAGGAUCGUGUUUCCAUUCGAGUUGCCUUCUUUGACGCUGAACUGGAGCUCCGCGCGAUCGAGGACUUGAAGCACUCAGAUCAAGACGAGGGCAGUGUGAAGCUUCUCGUUGAGGCGACAGUCUUAUACGAGUCUGUCCGCCCAUUCUUGGAGGCCCUGCGUGUCGAGCCGGAGCUCGUGCCGUUCAGCAACUAUAUUGUGCACCGUCCACCCGGUUUCCUCAACAGAACGGUCAUUGCACCCCCUGCAUAUGCUCGUCUACCCGGCUUCUCGUUCCAGCUGUCCUCUCUCUUUUUGCCAGAUGCGGGUGUAGACGACCUAAAGCUUACAGUCACGGAUCAGGACUCUAUAGUCGCAGCACGCCAGCUCAUGAGAGAACGGAGCAUCCUGGAUCCUAGUCAAGCAGAUGCUGUAGUGAUGGCCUUAACGACUGAGUUGGCGAUGAUCCAAGGACCCCCAGGAACUGGGAAGAGUUACACCGGCCUGCAACUGUUGCGAGCCCUCAUUGCGAACAGAAUCGGUCCCAUUCUUAUGAUCGCCUUCACAAACCAUGCGCUGGAUCACUUACUAGGAUCUGUCCUCGAUGCUGGAAUCACGAGGAAGAUCGUGAGGCUCGGCUCUCGGUCGGGCGACGAGAGGAUCGCAGAGUUCUCUCUCGAGAAUAUGGAGAAAGUUGCCGGAAAGUCUCGCCUUGACCGUGCAUUCUCUGGUCACUACAAGGAGCUGCGCGACGUCGAGGACGACAUCAGGAAGUUGAUGUCGGAGUUCCAGAAGAGCAAAGUUGAUUCUGCAGAGAUACUAGCUCACAUGGCGCUUACCUCCCCAGCACACUUCGAGUUUUUCACAAAUGCGCCACGAUGGAUUACCUUACUGUACGAGUUGGAGAACUCCGGAGACGGUCAGGGUGGCUGGCGAGUUACUGGGCGAGGCGGCCACGAUGAAGACGUCGAUACCUCCCUCUAUGCGCACUGGCUAGCUGGCCGCGACAUAGACUUCCUGGAGCGUGCUCACAUCUCUUUGCUCCGCACACAGGCAGAGGUAUACGGCGUAGAGAGAAGUACUGUGCCGGUCAGCAGCAAUCGGUAUGACUACCUGGCGUCCGCCCCGGAUUCCAACCUUGAAGAGGACACGUUCGAACUCACUUCGGAGGUAGCAGCGCCUCGCGACGAAAGUCAUCCAGAUUCCGAUGACGACGUAGAGGCUGCGCCACCGGAGGAGGCGUGGAUGCACGUCGUCGUCGAAGACUCGGGGCCGGAUGUUUUGGAAUCGGAGUCGACGGCCAGGGACAAUACAAGCCAACCCCCGGAUGUCGCACAACCUCGCGCUGCCCAACCCGCGAGUCUCGAUGAUGCUACUAGCAUACGACCGACGGAUUUCCGAAAUCUAGAAGACUUCUUCCUAGCAUGCGGACAUCCUGGCAUACCCUCAGUACCGCAUCACGAUCGACCUCUGCAUACAUUGCUGGAGGAAGACUAUGAAGACGUCUGGGCUUACUCCAGAUCCGAACGCCAGCGAUUCCAUGCAUUUAUCGAGAAGGAGGUGCGUAUGACGCUUCAAAGCACAAGGGUCAUGGAGUUCGAGCGUCUCCGGCAACGUCAUCGCGAUGCUUCCACCAAGUAUAACGAAGGAAAAGACGAAACCCGCAGACAGCUUCUGCGAAACGUCGACAUCAUCGGAUGUACGACCAACGGUGCUGCGAAGCUAACGUCUCUCUUGAAGGGUAUAGGACCACGAGUCAUGUUGGUCGAGGAAGCAGGGCAAGUCCUCGAAGCGCAUGUACUAGGAAGCCUUGUGCAAACUGUACAACACCUCAUCCUAAUCGGCGACCCACUCCAACUGCGUCCGACGUUGAACAAUUUCUCAUUGUCUGUCGAUCACCGACGUGGAAAUAUGCUGUACAAAUUCGACAUGUCUCUCAUGGAACGCCUGUCAAACGCGGGUCUGCCUAUGUCACAAAUCGAUGUUCAGCGCAGAAUGCGACCGGAGAUCGCACACCUUGUACGCACUACACUGUAUCCGAAGCUCGAGGACCACAACCUCGUCAAGAAACACCCUCAUGUACAAGGAAUGGGGAGUGAUGUCUUCUUCCUGAACCAUGCGCAUGCCGAGAAUGGGUCGGAAGAUGAUUCAGUCAGCAAGUAUAACGCCUAUGAGGUGUCUAUCAUCAAGGAUCUAGUCUUGUACUUGCUCAGGCAAGGUCCAUACUCUGCCGAUGGUGACAUUGUCGUGCUUUGUGCAUAUCUUGGACAACUCGCUCGCGUCCGAGACGCCUUGGCUAGCGAGGUUGUGGUCGUGAUCGAUGAACGGGAUCAACGAGAAUUAGACGAUCGUGAGGGUGAAGAGCCGGGCGAGGAGACAGGGACUGCGGUCGAACGUGUGAAGGUUACUCGAAGAGUUCGUCUCCGUACUGUCGACAAUUUCCAGGGAGAAGAGGCGAAGAUUAUCAUCCUCUCACUAGUAAGGAACUCUGGGGGCGCAGAGGAGGACGGGGCGGUAUAUGGUCAUUCUUCAGCUCAUCGAGCGAACAUCGGCUUCCUCAAGUCCAAGAAUCGCACCAAUGUUGCACUCUCUCGCGCCCGUGAAGGUCUGUAUAUCCUCGGCAAUGCUGCGGACCUCAAGUCGAGGAGUGAAAUGUGGGACGACGUCAUCUCCGAGCUUGAGAAGCGACAGUGCGUUGGUGAAGCUUUCCCUGUCCGCUGCCAUCGCCACCCAGAGCGCCUGGAGCAUAUCUCGAAGUCCGGACAGCUUCCGCGGAUCUCUCCAGACGGGGGUUGCCUCCUUCAAUGCGACGCCCGCCUUGAAUGUGGCCACAUUUGCCCGUACAAGUGUCACUCCGACGACCCCAAUCAUCGCGCAGUGAGCUGCGAACAGCGGUGCACUAGGUUGUGCGUCCGCGGUCACCCUUGUACGAAGCAAUGCGCCAUGCCUUGCGGCAGGUGCACGACCCGCGUUGAGAACGUCGAGUUACCUUGCGGUCAUAGAGCAGCCUACGUUCACUGCUAUCAAUUGGACAACUUGGCCGAAGUUACCUGCAACGUCAAGGUCACGAAACGCCUCCCUCGCUGCGAACACGAGACCACUAUGGCUUGCUCCCAAGAUCCCGCUGGCAUAGCAUGCAGGGCCGUCUGCGGCGGUGUCAUGGGCUGCUGUGGACGAAAUUGCAAAGCUCAAUGUUCUCAGUGUCAAGACCUGAAUGCGGUGACUGACGAUACUCAACUAAGCAUACAACGCACGAACCAUGUCGACCACCCGUGCGAGAAGAGCCUGUACUGCGGACAUUUGUGUGGAAAGGCCUGCUCACAGGACCACAAGUGUACUACACAUUGCAAGGAGCCCUGUCGACAAGUGUGCCUGCAUGCUCGUUGUCGCUCUUACUGUUCGACGCCGUGUGCUCCAUGUCAGGAGCCUUGUAUGUGGCGUUGCGCACAUUAUUCCUGCCAGGUGCCUUGUGGUUCGGUCUGCGCUCGACUUCCAUGUGACCAGCGCUGCGAGACAGUCCUCGGCUGUGGUCAUCGCUGCCCGUCAGUAUGCGGUGAAGACUGCCAACUUCAAGUGUGUCCGUCAUGCCUAGACGACGAAGCAAAGUCAGCAACUGUUGUCGAUCUCAUCAUGGGACUCACACUGGACACGGUAAACCCUGCGAACGAAACGCUGGACGAGCUUCUCAUCACGCUUCCCGGCUGCGGGCACGUCUUCACGGUUGAAACUCUGGACGGGAUUUGUGCUCUGCAUGAGUAUUAUAGGCGCGAUGAAGUCACUGGGAAGUGGCUAGGACUACAGGCGCCGCCCAGUGGUUUCCUCAAGCCUCCAACCUGCCCUACAUGCCGUGCAGCUAUCACUGCACCUCGGUACGGCCGAGUAUUCAAGCGCGCUGAUCUUGACAUCCUCGAGAAUAACGUUGCAUCCCACAUGUCUCAAUCGCUCGGGCACAUACAGAACAACAUCGACACCGUGUCAAAGGAGGACGUUGUCACCCGUUUGCGAGACGCGGCUGCAAGAGGACCUAUCGGGAGGUGCUCUGUCUCUACGAAAGGCUGCCAGAAGAAGCAAGCAGCGCUGCUCAAGUCGACUCGGUACUCACCAGUACCUCGCACUGCGCUCGACCCCGCCAACACAGAUCUACAUGCGAUUCAGGCGGGCGAAGCCCAGCAGUGGAAGAAGGCCACUCUGAAACUGCUCGGUGCUUAUGAUGGAUGCCUUAAGGUCGCGAACACUCGCUCCGCCCAUCUCCGUGCCUGGGAGUCCUCGUUCUCGUACCUUUACCAGAAAGAGAUGGACGCCGCUGCUCAGGACCCCGAGCACGCGCCUAGGAACCCGCAGGAGUAUGCUAUGCGUGCGGCGCGUAUGGGCGUCGGUCAGCCGCAGCCGCGCGCUGACAAGCGUUUCGUCGUUGAGGCAAUUUGGACGACAAUCACGCUGCGCCUCCUUCUCGUGGAGGUCACGAUGGCAUGGUCGGAAGCGCUUCAGAGGCGAGACUCGUACCCAGCGGAAAAUCGGCGUGCUUGGGCGACGUACACGGCUUUCGUUCUUCGGUCAUGCGCUGCAGAUGUCGAGAUCGCUUCAGCCAUUGCGUCUCAGUCUGAGAGCCAUCGCCAGGUGACGAAGAGUGCUCUCUUGGGCCUGCGCGUGGAGUUGGAACAGUUCCGCUUCAAUCUGGAGACGACGAAGCAGAAUGGCAAGAUGGGCGAGUUGCGUGAGAAGCUGACAGAACGAGCACACGUGAAAGAGAAAGCAGCGGCUGACAUUGUCAAGGCAGUCGUCGAGCAACACCGUCGCGCGCGAGCUGGGACCUCGGAAGAGGAAUGGCUGACCACAAACUUCACGCACGCUGCAAGGGUCAUCAUCGAGGAAUGGGAUGCCAUCGCCCGGUCUUUGCGUAUGGAUACCUUCUACCAACCUGUCUCACUUGAGGAGUUGACUGCGGUCGUCAAGAGCUUCGGAUUUGCUCAUGCCGGACAUUACUACAAGUGUCCCAAUGGACAUAUCUACGUGAUAGCGGAUUGUGGCGGAGCAAAUCAACAUUCGAGAUGUCCCGAGUGCGGUGCAGGCAUAGGUGGCUCCAGCCACCGCGUCGUUGGUGGCAACUCGCGAGCGGUGGAAAUGGAACAGCUAGCCAGAGCGCAGGGUGCUAUGGACACACCGUGGCAAGUAUAAGUGGAAUCGGAGGGGACCCGUUCAUUGGAUAGUAGAGAACAUAUUUUUCGGACCGUAGCGAGAGGCGGGGGAUGAUGAGCAUACU